GCAGUAAUUAGUUAACAUGAAGAUAUAAUAUUCAAGUUAUAAUGGAGUUAAGCGCAAGUGCAAACGAUGAAGAGGAACUCUCUCUCACGCUUCAGUUCUUGUUGGAAAACCCAGCGUUGCUUGGUCAUCAGGAUGUAAAUAAUAAUGAUGAAAAAUGCGAAGAAAAAUGUGGAGAAGCGAGCGAACAGACUGACCUUGCAUCGGCCUACCUUGGACCACAGAUAUGGAACGAUAUGCUGUUGUCAGAUGAUCUGAAACUUGAACCUGUGGACCUGGAUGAUUUAUUGAAGGAAAAUGACGUAAAUGGAGAGACAAGUGAGUUUCAGUUCCAGAUGUCACCAGCAUCUUCAUGUGUUUCAACCACCAGCUCAUCUGCAGAACCUCAGGAUUCGAGUCAGUUGUACCAGGACAUGCCUGGACUUGUAGCCGAGCAAACAUUCAGUGCAGCCACAUAUAACCAGCAGUGGAUCCACAACUCAUUCAAAAGCUCACAAACACCGUUGCAAAACCUCCCCAGUAAAGUAGAUUAUACACAGAAUGUUUACGCUAGAAGUCCAGAUCAUUACCCUAACUAUAAGAUGGAAAGCAACAAGCUUCGUGAGCAACAGAUGGCAAUUUACGCCGAUAUAAUGGCGGCAUCACCACACGGGAUCAAUAUUCCACCUUCGCCAACAAUGGAAAAACAACAACAACAACAACAACAACAACCAUCAACGUCCCAUGCAACAGAAGCAUCGGAUACAACAUCGAAUGACAACCAUAAGCCUCCCACCUACAAGUAUAACCCCGCUCCAUUGAUAUCAAUACCACCGAUUGAAAUACGAUUACCGACGCCGGUUAAAGUGGAUUUCACGCCGAGCUCGGCAGAUGUUCUUAUUUCGACCCCACAGUCGGAAAGUGGUGAAAUCAAUGAAUUCAAUCCAUGCACACGUCAGUUCACGGAUGAUGAAUUGAAACCAAAACCGAUGGUUCGCAAAUCCCGGAAAGUUCACGUUUCAUCCGACAGUAAGGAUGUAAAAUACUGGAAUCGUCGCAAUAAAAAUAACGUGGCAGCAAAACGGUCACGGGAAGCGCGGAGAAUUAAGGAGAACCAGAUCGCGAUGAGGGCAAACUUUCUUGAGAAAGAAAACGAGUCGUUGAAGAUGGAAGUGGCUGAUCUGAGAUCUGAAUUAAAGCGAGUUAUGAACACACUGCGGGUUUAUGAGAAGGAAAUCAUCCACUAAUGUAUUGCGCUGUACAAAUUAUUCUGCUUUCAAUCUGUUGCAUCUGAUCACGAAGACAGGAUAGUGUUCCACUAAUUGUAACUUUAUUUUGUGCCUACUUUUUCUGCUUUGUACAAAUUAUGUGUAUGUUGCCACAGUUUAGAAAUAUGUAUAUAUCGUCAGAAAUAUUGAGCUUAAUGUGUUAAGAAUAUUAGUGACAAUAGGCGCCUAACAUGGGUAUGCAGGGUAUGCAUUCAUGCCCCGGAAUGAAUUAUGAUACCCUAUAUGUGUAAACUAGGUGCACAUAGUAACAUGUUAAUUGCUGAUAACUUAAUAUUCCAAAUACCCUGGUUUUCCAAAGGAUCAGCGCUUAUGUAAGUAAAACUUUCUCAGCCCAAUUUAUUCCAUAAUUUUCUUGCAAUUUUUCCUUUUCUUGAGUAAUUGUACUGUUAUAAUUCCAUUUAAAGAUUUUGUUAUAAUUUAUUUUAACUCUUUUUUUUUCUAUAUCUAUAUGCUUGAUGACAAUUUUGUAAAAAUCUUAAGAUCAAAAGUUUUUAACAACUUUCACGCUUUGUAUAUUAAGCUCACAGCAAAACAAGAGCCACAAAACACGGAUGUCGUAAACCAAUCAACAGUUUACUGAAAAUGAAAAUUUUUUAUUUUGAAUGUGAGAUAUUUUUUCUAAUAUGUUUCUACC